AUGGAAACUAGAAUGAGAAAGAAGCCAACGAUAAAGCACAAGAUAGUCCUCUUGGGAGAUAUAGCAGUUGGAAAGACAUCAAUUUUUCAGAGGUUUAUUGAAAAGGAUAUGUCAAAAGAUCAUAAUCCGACCAUUGGCUGUUGCUACAACUUUAUUAACAUAGAAGAAAAGGAUUAUACUAAACGUAUAGAGUUAUGGGAUACUGCUGGGCAAGAGCGAUUUCACUCUUUAGCAGCUCUAUAUUAUAAAAAUGCUCAGGCUGCUUUAGUUGUGUAUGAUGUCACAAAUAAAAAUUCGCUCACUCAAGCUCAAAGAUGGAUAGAUGAGUUGAAUGAAAAGGCAAAUCCCAACAUCCUCAUAGUAUUAGCAGGAAAUAAGGUAGAUCUUGAAGAUGAGAGAGUUAUAACUAAGGAACAAGGCAGUAGUUUUGCUGAGCAAUAUGGGCUGAUGUUCAAAGAAGUCUCUGCCUUCAAGAGCAUCAACAUCAAAGAACUUUUUGACCAAAUAGUAGAAAAAUUACCUACCAAAGAAGCAUUAGAUAAAUUAAGAGGGAUUGAUGGCGAAGGAGACCCAACUAAUGGAACUACAAACUUACGUGAUAGGAAAACUGAAGAUGAAGAAGAAGGAUGAGUAGGCUCUUGAAUAAUAUAA